AUGUCCUCCCACAAAUGGAUGAAAUAUUUAUUAUACCUUCGCUUUUAUAAACUUCCUUAACUAAAAUUUUAUACUAAUACCAAACAACGAUAAUCAUCAUGUCAGGAAUUUUAGAAAAAGAGACAUCGUCUUAUGCAUCUGAUCCUGAAUUAAAUUCACUUGAAAAAGAAGAAUUUCAACAACCAGUUCAACGUACUGAAACUGAAUUACAAGUUGAAGUUGAAGAAUUAGCUCAAUCACUUGGAAUAAAUCAAAAAAAAUUAAUGUGGAAAAUUGAUCUUUGUGUGGUUCCUGCUUUUUGUUUAUUAUAUUUCCUUUCAUUUUUAGAUAGAGUUAAUAUUUCAAAUGCUAAUCUUUAUGGUUUAGCUGAAGAUUUAAAUUUAACUGGUAAUCAAUAUAAUAUUGCUUUAACAGUAUUUUUCGUUCCAUAUAUUGUGUUUGAAGUUUUAGCUAAUUAUUGUAUUAAAUUUGUUAAACCUCAUAUUUGGUUAAGUACUUUAAUCUUUUUAUUUGGUGGUAUUUCAAUUGGAAUGGGAUUUGUUACUAAUUUUGGUGGUUUAGUAGCAUGUCGUUUUUUAAUUGGUAUAACGGAAGCUUCAACUUUCCCAUCGAUUUUUUAUUUAUUAUCAACUUAUUAUUCAAAACAUGAAUCUCAAAGAAGAUUUUCAGCUUUCUUUAGUUGUACUGCUUUAGCUGGAGCUGCAAGUGGUGCUAUUGCGUUUAAAAUUAAUGAUUUAGAUGGAGUUCAUGGUAUUGCUGCUUGGCAAUGGGUUUUCAUCAUUGAAGGUGCUAUUACUAUGGGUUGUGCAUUCCUUUUAUUCUUUACAAUUGCUGAUUUCCCUGAAGAAAGUAGAUUUUUAUCUCAUACUGAAAGAGAAUUUCUUAAACGUAAAUUAGAAAUUUUAUCGGGUUCAGUAUCAGCUUAUGAAAUUAAAAAUAGUUUAAAAGAUGUCGGUAAAUGUUUUAAAGAUAUUUUAAUUUGGUUACCUGCUUUAGCUUAUUUUGGUUUAAUUAUUCCAUCUUAUGGUUAUGCUUAUUUCGCUGCUACUAUUAUUAAACAAAUGGGUUAUACUGCUGUAAGUGCCAAUCAACAUUCAGUUUAUCCAUGGUUAGCUGCGUUUGUUUUAAUUAAUGUGGUGGCAUUUAUAUCAGAUAGAUUUAAAAGAAGAUUACCAUUUGCUUUAGCUUCAUCAUUCCUUGCUAUUAUUGGUUUAGCUAUGGUUUUAGGUGCUAAACAUACUCCAAGAAUUAGGUAUGCCGGGUGUUUCUUAACUGCUUCAGGUUUAUAUACUGCUAUGCCAUUAAUUGUUUGUUGGGCUGCUUUAAAUAAUGGAUCUCAUUUAAGAAAAUCAGUUGGUACCGCCUGGCAAAUUGGUUUUGGUAAUAUUGGGGGUAUUAUUGCAACAUUUAUUUUCUUAGCUGCUGAUGCUCCCGUUUAUAAACCAGGUUUAGUAACUUGUAUUGCAGCAGUUAUAUUUUCCAUUCUUGCAUCAAUAGCUUAUUUCUUUGCCGUUUUAAGAUUAAAUAAAGCUAAAAAGACUGAAGCUUAUAUUCAAAAGUUUAAUGAAUUACCAUCUAGAGAACGAAUCAAUGCUGGUGAUAGAAAUCCAAAUUUUGUUUACUUAUAUUAAUCAAAAAAUACAAAAAGUCCCUACAAAAAAAAGUUGAGCUAUAAUAGUUUCAAACCCAAUAUCAUCUAUGGGACAAGUUCCUAUAUUGCUUUUUUAAUUCUAAUCAAACAUUUAUGCAUUUUAAUGAUAAAAAUGACUCUUUAAUAAUAAUUUUUUACGUAUAUACCCCCUUUAAUCUUAAUAAAUGAUUAGUUCAAGAGGUAAUAAGUUGCAAAAUAUGUAAAAGUAGAAUUGUUUAAUUAAGGCAUAUGAGUACUGAAAUCGAAGUUUCAUAUUGUGUAUCACGAGUAUCUAUUGUUAUAAAUAGAUCAGAUCGGCUAAAAAUAGUCUGGAACUGCUUAUACUGUACCGGUACUAUGUACCGGUAGCCGAUCUAACUUCUAGGUAUGAUCAUCUCUUCUCCUAAUAGAUCAUUUAU